AUGCACAUCUCCAAACUGCCGGCUGCUCUCCUCAUCCUCUCUGUGGCACUAAACCACCUGAAAGCUACACCCGUCAGAAGUGGAACCAACCACCAGAUGGACAAACGGAAGUGCAACACCGCAACCUGUGCCACACAACGCCUGGCAAACUUUUUGGUCCAUUCCAGCAACAAUCUUGUUCCUGUCCUCUCAUCCACCAAUGUGGGAUCAAACACAUACGGCAAGAGGAACACCGCGGAGAUUUCAAACAGGGAAUCUUUGGAUUUCUUACUCCUUUAG